UAAAAUAAAAACAAUGUGAAAAUAUGUUCUUACUGAUAACAAAGUUAUAAUGUUAAGUCAUUUGUGUGAUAUUCUUAUCAAUAAAAAAUUUAUAAACGGUCACAAAGUGGGCUUCAUAGCACGACUGAGAAGUACGAAAAUUUAAAAUUGCCAUGGGCAAUAGAGCAGUUGUAUCUCGUGAACGAAGCAAGUUAUAGCCUUUGUCGUGACGGAAUAGAGGCGAAAAUACUAGCAAAAUAUAAAAAUUUGUUACUAAUUAUAAUAAUAGUUCAAUUUGGUUUAUUCAAUUAUUUGCUUUCUACACGCUCUUUGAACACGUAAAUUGCUAUACAAUAUUGGAAAUUGGUGCAAAAUCUAAGAACUGCAUUAUUUUUGCAUAUAUUCUAAUUAUAAUAAUGUUACUGCCGACGAAUGGUAUUUAAAUUGUGUUUACACUAUAGCGUAGGUGUGCUUCGGUAUCUGCCAUAACCACUAAUUGAAGUUAUACGGUAUUGUAACGAGUACAGAUCAGCUGAAGAGUCCAAAGUGCGCUGCAAAUUUUAUUAACAUAAUUUGAAAUCAACAACAUCUUGCGGAUUAUAAUUGGUGCACGCGGGAAGACGUUAAAAUGCUUAAGUGUCGGGGCCUAAUUUUGCGCAUCAACAAAGAUUACUAUGCAAUUCGAAAAUGCUGUGAUCAAAAACGAGAACACUCAAAGUUUGUACCAACAAAUUUUAAGCUGCAACGUGCGCUUUUCGUUACUAAAUUAUCACGUUAUGAAUUUGAACAGCUUCGACACCCGCGCUUGAAUAAAAACCAACUGGAACAAGUAAUAAGGAAUCGUGGAACUGACUUUGAGUUUCUAAUAUACUUGCAUAAUCUUCAUAAAGAUUUUGAAAGAAAAGUUGUGAAAAGUUUUCAAGACAGUGGUUGUGAAGUGAAGUUGGCCAACAGACACGAAUUUAGAAGCUCGCUUAGCAAAGAGAUUAUGGAAUGGGCGAAUGUGAUUGUGCCCAUUGGUGGUGACGGUACUUUUUUGCUGACUGCAGGUCGUGCUAGUCCAUUGUUUGCCCAGAGUCAACAAAAGACCCCUAUUGUUGGUUUCAAUUCUGAUCCAAAACGUUCCGAAGGUAGAUUGAUGUUACCAGAAUAUUAUUCAGAAAAUCCGGCAGAUGCUGUUGCGAGAAUAAAAGGUGUAAGUACGAAGGGUUGUGAGUAAGUUAUGUACUACCUU